GCGGCGGGCGGCUCCCGGCGGCGGCGGCGGCGAGGGGCCGAGGCGCGCGGGGGGGCCGGGCGGAACCGAGGAGUGAGGCGAGAAAAAAAAAAAAGAAAAAAGGAAAAAGAAAAAGGGAAGGGGCGGGGGAGGGAGCGAGCGAGCGAGAGCGAGGGAGCGAGGGCCCCGGGCUGGCGUCCGGGGGAAUCUCGCGAGGGUUGGAGUUUUGGCGAGAGUUUGUGGAAGAUGGCGCCUGUUGUGACAGGUCAUUGAAAUUAUGAGACUAUCAUUCAAAUGGAAGCAUUAUAGUUCUUCGGAACCAUUAUGAUCUCAAAAGGAAAGAAUGAUACAGAUACACUGGCUGAGGUGUGUUGAGGUGCAUCGAAGUGUUCCCAGCUGUGCCUUCCCUUAACAUGUUCUUGAAGUACCAUGGCGUGGAUUAAAAGAAAAUUUGGUGAGCGGCCUCCACCUAAAAGACUCACUAGGGAAGCCAUGAGAAAUUAUUUAAAAGAACGAGGCGAUCAAACAGUGCUUAUUCUUCAUGCAAAAGUUGCACAGAAGUCAUAUGGAAAUGAAAAACGGUUUUUUUGCCCUCCUCCUUGUGUAUAUCUUAUGGGCAGUGGAUGGAAGAAAAAAAAAGAACAAAUGGAACGUGAUGGUUGUUCUGAGCAAGAGUCUCAACCCUGUGCAUUUAUUGGAAUAGGAAAUAGUGACCAAGAAAUGCAGCAGCUGAACUUGGAAGGAAAGAAUUAUUGCACUGCCAAAACGUUGUACAUAUCUGACUCCGACAAGAGGAAGCACUUCAUGCUGUCCGUAAAGAUGUUCUACGGGAACAGCGACGACAUCGGUGUCUUCCUCAGCAAACGGAUAAAGGUCAUCUCCAAGCCUUCCAAAAAGAAGCAGUCAUUGAAAAAUGCUGACUUAUGCAUUGCCUCAGGAACAAAAGUGGCUCUCUUCAAUAGACUUCGAUCCCAGACAGUCAGUACCAGAUACUUGCAUGUAGAAGGAGGUAACUUCCAUGCCAGUUCUCAGCAGUGGGGAGCAUUUUACAUUCAUCUCUUGGAUGACGAUGAAUCAGAAGGUGAAGAGUUCACGGUCCGAGAUGGCUAUAUCCAUUAUGGGCAAACUGUCAAGCUUGUGUGUUCCGUGACUGGCAUGGCACUCCCCAGAUUGAUAAUUAGGAAAGUUGAUAAGCAGACGGCGCUACUGGAUGCAGAUGAUCCUGUGUCACAACUCCAUAAGUGUGCGUUUUACCUUAAGGAUACUGAAAGAAUGUACUUGUGCCUUUCUCAAGAGAGAAUAAUCCAGUUUCAGGCCACUCCAUGUCCAAAAGAACCAAAUAAAGAGAUGAUAAAUGAUGGAGCUUCCUGGACAAUCAUUAGUACGGAUAAGGCAGAGUAUACGUUUUAUGAGGGGAUGGGUCCCGUCCUCGCCCCAGUCACACCUGUGCCUGUCGUAGAGAGUCUUCAGUUGAAUGGCGGUGGGGAUGUAGCAAUGCUUGAGCUUACAGGACAGAAUUUCACUCCAAAUUUACGAGUGUGGUUUGGGGAUGUAGAAGCCGAAACGAUGUACAGGUGCGGAGAGAGCAUGCUCUGUGUUGUCCCAGACAUUUCUGCAUUCCGAGAAGGUUGGCGAUGGGUCCGGCAGCCUGUGCAGGUCCCAGUAACUUUGGUCCGCAAUGAUGGAAUCAUUUACUCCACCAGCCUUACCUUCACCUACACCCCCGAGCCCGGGCCGCGGCCACACUGCAGUGCAGCGGGAGCAAUCCUUCGAGCCAAUUCAAGCCAAGUGCCCCCUAAUGAAACAAACACAAACAGCGAGGGAAGUUACACAAACGUCAGCACAAAUGCAACCAGUGUCACAUCGUCCACAGCAACAGUGGUGUCCUAACUACCGUCUUUUUGCGAGGACUUAAACUGACUCUGGAGUGCCGUCGCGAAACGCUGACAGGAAAGAGAGAGAAAAAAAAGGAAAGAAUAAAGGAACAAUCUUUUGUGGUUUCUUGGGAAAACUUUUCAUACCAGGUGAUACUGUUCAAAACCCCAUUACCUGCAAGUGCUGAUUUGAAAUGCUGAAGCCACAGUAAAACAAAACAAACAUCAAAAUGUACGAACCGUUGGAAAAAUAAUAGAUUUUUUUUCGGCUGUUAUUUUGGUUGGUUUUUGUUUGAUUUUGUUUCAAUGGGCAAGAAAUAGAGAUGUGGCUGAAAUAAAGUUAAUCAAACUAGAAGACACAAAUCUAACAUUAGUUUUUAUGGACCAAGGAACUUGUAUAAGCUUUAGUAAAAGGUACAUUUUCACCAUACCUUUUUUUAUAUCCCAGUAUAUAGUAAACUUUUGUUACCAAAUAGGCCGUUCUCCCUGCCCUCCUUGGAGCUCUUGCUCUCCAGUACGUUCAGGUUCCGAGCCUGACCUUGCUUGUUGAAUCUGAUUACCGUAUUCUUCCAGGUUUGGUUUGGUUUUUUUGGUCAAAGGCUGGAACUGUUCUUUCUUUCUUUUUUUCUUUUCUUUUUUGUUUUUUUGCUGAAAUCUUACAACUUUACAUGAGUCAAACAUUGUUUGGAUUUCAGCAAGUUAAAUCUUGUAAAAGCCUACUUUUUUUUUUUUAAGAUUAUAUGAAGUCUGUGCAAAAGCUUUAAGAAAUGCCUCUGCCUUGCCUGCAAUACAUGCAAUGUUCGUUAACUUCGUCUCUAUCCUCAAACACUGUUGCUACUUAUUUCUGUUUUCCUUUUUUUUUUUAAAUGUAUUUAUAGUGGUAAUCCAAGAUGUUCUAACAUUUACAUGAAAUUAAAUGUGGCCGUUGAAUCCUUCACGAGUUAACGGCACAGAACAUGUUUGUACCUGAAGCGUUUCUCCCACUUUCCUGUGCGUAAAUGUGUCGACAUGCUCCAGGAUCUGUUCGGGUUUCCCCCUUCCCAAUCUUGUACAUAACUUGUAUUAUGUGUAAGUUAAGCAUUUUAUUUUGAACUUGGAAUGUUCCCAUUGAUUUCAUUCGGCAGGGUGUUUUCUGCCUUGUUGGCAAUGACAAAAAAAAGUAAAAAAAAAUCAUGAGAAGUAUUUUGCUGCCAGUUGGUAGUAGGUGCCCUUAUUGUAUAAUUAGGACUAUCUCAGCAAAGCAUGCUUUUAUUUUGUUUUAUGUUGGUAGCGUAGGCCAAAACGUCAUUGUAACUUUAAAACCAGACACUUUUAUUAGAUGACCAACUAAAAUGGCUGGAAGACAGUACACAGAAACAGGUGUAGUGAGAUUCUAAAAGUGCAAAUGUAACUUAUUUUUCCUUUUCUCACUCCCUGCACCCCGCCCCCUUUUCUGCCUUCACUUCAACACUUUUCCCAAAUGUCUGCCCAGAAAACAUUUCUUUUCCGUUCAGUUAAGAUUUGGUUGCGUUCAGGGUUGUGUCUUGGCCUUGCAUGCCGAGCUCGCCAGUCUUACGUUGCUUCAUUGCUGCACUUCACUUAUGCCUUUGUUCACUUUCUUAGAAAUUGCAGCAGACCCAUGGGCUACAUUUAGUACAGGAACUACAUGUGUGCUGUUGUAAGACACAGUCUAGUAGUACAAUCAUCCUCCUUAGAGUAAAGACUACCUCUAGAUUGUGGUAAGCUUUUACUGCCCCAUAAGACAGGAGCCACAAGUACCUUAUGAAUGCAAAACUGUAACACACCCGCACCCCACCCCCCACCCCCCAUCCCUUGUUUCCUUGCAGAACGUUUGUCUUUCUGUUGUUCUGGACUGUUUGAAAACAUCUCCAUCAGACUUGAGAAACAUUUAGUAGUUUUUCUUUUCAACUUUGCUCUCUCCCUUCAUUUUAUUCGUUUUGCUCAGACCAUGCCAUUGUAAAUAUACUUCCUGAUAUCUUUAAAUUGCUUUUCCCUCAGUUUCCAAGGGGGAAGUCAUUUGUAAAACACGUUAGUGGUUAAAUCCAAGUUAUUGUGCUUUUCUCUAACUGUACGCCUUUUUAAUUACUCACAGGCUGCAUUAUACUUAUAUAAAUAUAUAUAGCCUUCUCGCUCCAGAUCUGCUCCCAUCACUCGCCUCUCUCGUGAGCUAAUCCUGCCUCAGACUUUAAAUCUGUUUUAGUGGUCAAGGGCAGAACUCAUUGUGGCCUUAUCUUUCUUUGUUUUAACUGUUUACCGGCUUUUCCUGCAAACUUGCUUACUUCUGAGUAGUAUUUAUUCUUUUCUCUGUUGUGUCACGGAAGUAGUCUUUACACAGGGCGUUUUUGUUCAGUGUGUGGGAUUGUUUUCAAUGCUGCUUUACUUUUAAUGGGCCACAAAUUGUUUCCUCCACUUCCCAAGUUUGAUACUUACUUUAAAAGUUAUAUUAAAUUAACUUGUAACAGAUGAGAUGCUUUGGAAGAACAAAUUAUUCCUUAUCUGGCUUGGCAGCUCAAAAUAAAUCUUCAACGUUAUUAUGGCUUUAUUAAAAAAUGACAUUUACUUUUUUACUGUUUAACUGUUCUUUGUUUUUUGGGUUCUUUGUUUCCUUCAAUAAGAUAAUUGAAAUAUUAGACUAUGAUCCCUUUUUCUGUUUUCCAUGUCCAAAAAGUACAUGUGAAGGAAUUCACCCUCUUCAUAUUCUUCAUAUCACAAACUAAAGACUAAAAUGAUCAGUCUAUUCUACUUUUUUGUUGAUUAGCUGCUGAAAAAAAUCUUUUCCAUAGUUUUGUCCUGAUUUCAGUAUGAAUUCACAGGAGAUUGUGGCCCAGUUGUUGGAGCCCCCAGUCCCCUCCCCGCUUAGGGCGUGAAAAGCAGUGCGGGCCUUCCUUCCAGAGAGAAUGUUUAAACGAUGACCUCUUCCGUUAGGGAUUUGUUUUUCCCCCAGGGUUGAUUUUUUUUUUCUUUUUCCAAAUUAGAAAUAUACCAUAUGCUCCAUGGCUCUAUGCAAUGCCCAAAAAUAUGCCUCGCAGAUGAGUCUGUGAUCCAGUGUGGCUUCAUUCCCCCGCUGACUUGCUCACACAGCGUGGGAAGGCAAGCCAGGGCCCUGCGUGUGGAACCCCCUCUCGCUGGGAAUGAGUUCCUGGUGGACACGAGUGUCACACUACACCGGCUGCUUGCUUUUCUUCUUAGAUGGUGGCGAUUCAUGGGAUCCUCAUAGAGAAGUGUCAAUUCGUGAAAUAUUUGACCUCUUAAUACACAGACCUGUGUGCAGUCAGAACUGGUUAGGUUUUUGCUUUUUAAGAAAUGAAGUUGGGUCUGUCGGUGGCCUCACAGGAAAUUUCCAAUGCAGUUUUUUCUGGAACUUAAACUAACUAGCCAUGUUUAACCAGAUAAUACACGGGGUGGGGGGCGGGGUGUUGGGGAGGGGCUCUUUUUAAAAACAAAAUGCUAUUCAAUUAUUAACCAAGUUUCUUUUGAUUUCAAAAGCAGCUGUGUUUCUGACGAGUACUGAACAAAUGUGUGUAAUUUUCCGUGCCAGACUUUUGACUUUGUUUUCAAGCACUGUAAUGUGGGAUGGAUGAUUAGAAACAAUAAUAUAUUAGGGUUUCUACUUAACCCUUUCAGGACUGAACUGUGUAUCUCCUUUGAUUAAUUUUUCCCUGUGUUGUGAUGUUUGCCAGCAUUCAGUACUGUGUUGGUCCAGAUGUAGGUUUAUAUGCUCAUUUUUAGCUUAUUUCUUGUACCUUGCAGCAUGCUUUAUGCAUUCAGUCCUUAAGGGGUUUAUUUUACAAACUGUGCGCCUGUAAGGUUUAUUAGCAAUAAGAUAGAAAAUCGAGCAAGUUUAUACCAUAAUUUUGUAGAAAAAAGAAAAAGAAUCUGCUCAGUUCCAUAUUUCACCCCCUGAGAAACUUGCAAUAUGGGCAGUUUCAUGGAAUAAAUAAAAAAGAAAUGUAAACCAUUGUAAAAGUCUUCUGUUGGGUGUGCCUGCUGCAUGCAUCCCUGCCUUUGAUUUCAGAC